AUGUCCACAAAGGAUUUUUUCAAAGCAAGACCUAUACUGGCUCCCACACUGGACAUCGUUGAAGAGGUCAACAACCAUCUGAUGGCUAUCAUUCCUGGAGGGAAAAAAUUAUAUCUUAGUUCGGAUUCGAUUUUUAUGGAUGAAGGGAAUAUGGAGAGUCAACUAGAUCUCUAUGAUGGUCUUUGUAAUGGUAUAAGGCUACAAGUUAGGAAGCUUGGAAAUCAUGUCAUAGAAUGUGAAGUCUUAACAGAUAACAAUGUUGGUCAUAUUGCUUUGACUCCAAGAAUGAAUAUGGUACCAACAAAUAAAACCGUCCCAGUUAGAUUCCAACGAAGACAGUUUCCCAUAAUAGUAUCGUUUGCCAUGACAAUUAAUAAGUCUCAUGGACAAACUUUAUCUCAUGUUAGAUUGUACUUGUCCAAACCAGUUUUUACACAUAGCCAACUAUAUGUGGCACUCUCAAGAGUUAAGAGUAAGAGAGAUUUAAAAGUUUUACUUAUAAAUCACGUAGGAAUGUCUGCAAAUUCAACCAUCAAUGUUGUUUAUAGAAAAGUCUUUAAAAAAAUAGGAUUCUAA